AUGACCAACUACAAGGAGCUUAUUAGAGAAGCCACGCAACUUCUUGACAAGUUUCAGGCAAACAAACAUUGUGUGGACACAUUUAUAGAGGAUGCUGGAAAGAAUCUCAAGAAUCUCCAUGCCUCAGACAAGAAGUUUGUUCUUGAUGUUGUUCAUGGAUGCAUUUUGAACAAAAGACUAAUAGAUGUUGCUGUCAACAUCUUCUAUGAUCAGAAUGAGAGAUGCUUGCUCAGAGCUGAUCGAAAUCAGUUUGCAGUUGUGUGUUGUCUUGCCAUGUUUCACCUUGAGGAUCAUGGAUUACAGUGUUUUAGUAGAAUAGUCAAGUCCCUAGACACUUCAAAGAUGCACAAAUUCCUGAGCUUCUUCUUUAACGUCACCAACCUAACUACCUGGAUCCAAAGCGAGUGGAAUCAGAUCUAUGAUGCUUCAUAUGUAGAGAGCAACUGGAUAGUCCCACUGCUGAGGUGGCAUUGUGAGAUUGAACCUCUGCUGGAGCAACUCGCCAGCCAAAUGAAAAAAGGGAAUUUGCCAAAGAUAUCUCCCAAGAAGCACACAGAACCACAAGAGUUUGCCUUAACUAAGCCCAAGCCUCGUCCCCUUCCUGCUCCCGAGCCCAUUCCACACCAGGAGAAAACCCAGCCUGUGCCAGCCAGUACAUACAGAGCCCCAAAGGAAAUGCAGAUUCUGGAAGAGGUUAAACAGAAGAACCAUCAAAAAUCUCUGCAAACUCUUUAUGAGGCAAACAGUUUACAAUUCACAUGUGCUAACCCACAGAUGUCACAGAAAACUAAGAAAGUGAUUUCCCAGAUUUUGGAAAGUCGCGAUGCAGAACUCAAAUUUGAUGCACGGUUCACCUCUGGAGCCCCAGCCACCCAUAAAAUGCAGACCAAAGACCUGAAGCUGAACAGAACAGCUAUCCUGCGAGGCCGUACCCUAUAUAAUCGACAAAUGGAGGAAGAGCUACUUCGGUUAAAUCGUUUGGCUGAAGGUGCUAAGGAUCCAACGUCAUUCCUGCAGUGGCAGAGGGAGAUGCAAGAGAAGGACCUGCAGGAACAACUUGCACAGCUGGAGCGUAGGAAACUAGAGGGACAGAUUAGCCAUGAGGAGACAGUGCAGGCUCAGAAUCGCAUCCUAGAGCUCAAUCAGCAGAAAGCCCAAAGGAAAAAGGAAGAGACUGCAGAACUGAUGAGGAGAUAUGCAAAGAAGCGUCUUCAGGAGGAGGUUGAAAUGAAAGAGCUGGUCCAACAAGUGACCAAUGGACACAAAAACUCCAAAGCUACUAAAGCAAAACUACAAGAGAUCAAGCAACAGAUAGUGAGAGAAGUCUCGGAGCAGAGCAGGGAGCUCCUUCAGCAAGCACUGGAGGAAGCGCAGGCAGAACUCAACAAAAAGAUUGAGCUCAUUCAUCAAAUUCGGGCCAUUGAAUCUGUUCCCAUCUCCAGAUACAAGUUUUUGGAUGACACAGAGACAGCAGGUCACGGUCUGCUGUGUGAAAUGUCUCUGGUGGAGCUGAGGGAGCGUUUGGCCAGGCUGAAGGAUUCUGAGCAGAGGAGGCAGAAAGAACAGAGACAGAAGAUCAUUGAAGACAAACAUGUGAAAGAGCGACUGCUUCUGGACCAAAUGGAUGAAUUUGAUCUAUACAGAAAAGCUUUGAAACAAGCCUCAGAGCAAAGGCGGGCAGAGAAGGCGGCCGCUGUGAUCCGGAUAAAGAAGGUAGUCAGUGAGGAUGAGAGAGUGCUGGCCCUUCAGAGGACCCUGGAAAUGAAGCGGCAGGAGAGAGAGAAGAAGAAGAGAGAAAGAGAAGAGAAAAAGCAGAAUGAGAGAACAAAAGCCAAGGAAAGCCAGUUGGCCAGAAGGCAGGAACUGGGGGAGCAUCUGAAACUGGAAGAGCAUGAGUGGCAGGAACUGGAAGAGAAUUUGAGGUGUUAUGUUGAGAAAGAAUGCUUAGCUGUUCAAAGAAACACUUACAGAUGA